AUGGCCCGCCUCACCACCACCCUCCUCUCUCUCCUCGCCACAACAACAACCGCCCACUUCACAAUCAGCUACCCCCCCUUCGUCGAACCCGCCAACGAAAACCUCCUCGCCAGCGGGCCCUGCGGCGGCGCGGAGCUCGACUUCGAAAAGGGCACCGUCACCGACUUCCACGUCGGCGGAGAUGCCGUCGCCGUCAUCGGCGGCCACCCCCAGAGCAACUGGCUGUUCCGCGUGACGGAUGACAUCACGGGCGCCACGAACUGGACCAAGGCGUUCCCUAUUGUGCAGCAGAACGGCGCGGGGAAGUUCUGCGAGCCGCAGGUUACGGUGCCGGAGGCGUGGAUUGGGAGGCAGGGGCUUUUGGGGGUUGUUGCCAAUGCUGAAGAUGGUGUUCUCUAUGCUUGCUCCCAAGUCAAAUUUGUCGAAGGCGCCGCCGGCCAACCACCCAGCGAAUGCCAAAACACCACCAAAACUGCCUCCUUCGUCGACGACUCCACCCUUGAUGCUCUCGUAGGCGACGGCAGCUCUUCCUCCGGCAACAGCUCCUCUGGCAGCGGCGACAGCGGCAGCGGUAGCGGCAGUGGGGAUGGAAGUGGCAGCGGAAGCGGUGGCGCCAGCGGCUCCGGGGACGAAGGCGGCGCUGCUGCCCUCGCGUCGAGCUUCUUCGGUGUGCUUUCCGCGGCUGCUGUUGUUGCUGGUGUCUUUGUUUUGUAA